AUGGGCUCAGAUCGGCAGCCCUGCUGGGGCACUGAUGAACAGCACUGCUGGGCACUGAUGGGUAGCAAUUAGCAGACACUCUGUUGCAGGGGCGGACUGACAACUCAUGGGGCCCCCGGGCAAUAGGGGAUCAUGGGGCCCAUGUAUCCUUGCCCAAACUCAAAAAAGCCUAUGAAAAAAGGUACCAGGGGCAUCUCAUGGGGCCCCCUACUGACCCCAGGCCCUCGGGCAGUGCCCGAGUUUCCAAAUGGUCAGUCCGCCCAU